AUGGUGUCUGCCUUUCGCUCUGCCGUUGCGCGACUGACUCCGAGUCUUGCCGUAUUUCUUGGUGGUGCGACACUCGGUAUGACACAAUCGAGCGUCGCUUACAGUGAGGAAAAGUGUGACUUGCGUGAUCUAGAGUUUGGCGUCCCGCACGACCGCAAACGCGUGGACCCGUUCUCACCUUUCUUUCCAUCCGAUAAACAUCCGUGUACACACGCAGGUAUGUUUAUUCCUGGCUGCCAUGAGCUUAAAAUCUUCUCGGGCUCGUCACACUUUGAGCUCGCUGACGACAUUGCACGAAGACUGGGCACACGCGUGGGCAAGAUUACAUUAGGUCGCUUUGCAGACGGUGAGGUGCAGGUGCAGGUGGGUGAGAGCGUGCGUGGCAAGGACGUGUAUUUGGUGCAGAGUCUGGCUAGUCCUGUGAAUGAUAACAUCAUUGAGCUGCUGCUGAUGGUCAGUACUAUGCGUCGUGCUAGUGCCAAGAAGGUGACCGUUGUGCUGCCGUACUACGCGUACAAGCACCAUCGUCGUGCCAAUCCGGCAGCGACUAGUUUGAACUCGAAGUUUAUCCAAAGCCCUGCUGCUGACAUUGCCAAGAUGCUGGAGGUUAUGGGCGUCGACCGUGUUAUUGCCGUGGACAUGCAGAUGCGUGUGGAGGGCCACGAGGCAUGCUUCUUCAGUUCGGACAUACCUGUAGAGACCAUUGAAACUAUUAUGGCUGGUGUAGAGUACUUUGCUACGCAGGUGUAUCUACGUCGCCCACUCGUAGUAAUGGCACCGAAUCCAGAGUGCUUACGUCGUGCACGUAUAUUCCAGACGGGCCUCAACAAAUGGCUACCGGACUCGCCUGCGCAGUUCGCUGUGUUCUUCCAUGGUACUGGCAAGAAGGAGACGACCGAGCAGUCCCACGCAGAUAUUGUGGGCGACGUUAAGGGUGCCGACGUGAUUGUCGUGGACGAUCUGAUUGACACGAGCGAGACGCUGUCCAAGCUCACAAACCUUGCACUGAGCAGAGGUGCCCGUAAGGUUUAUUGUUUCGCGUCGCACCCGCUGCUGAACGGUGAUGCCGAGCGUUUGAUCGAGGACUCGAAUGUGUCACAAGUGGUUGUUAUGGACACAAUUCCGGCGGAUCCGAAGGCUUUCCAUACCAACAAGCUCAAACGUCUUUCGGUUGCGCCCAUGCUGGCAGAGCUGAUCCAGGCUGAACACUUUAAGGCACACUCAUACAUCGAUAAGGUGAAUUCACGCGAAGACUUUAAGUAUGUGCACCACUAUUAG